UGCAUUACCCUUGUUCACCAACCGGGAUGACACCAUCUGCUCGCUCAUGGUAUAUCUUCUUGACUUGUGAGGAUACGACCACAGCAGCAGUAAUGGCCAUCCGGCAGGGCGGUGGCCGGUAGCUGAGGUAGGUGCAGAAACGGUUCAUUCCACCACUCCUCCACCUCGAGCGGAAGAAGCAGCUUGGAUCCCCGGACGAGCAGCACGCGAGCCCUCGGUUGCGCCGCGGCUAUGGGGAGCUUACGAGGCAGCGGCGGCGGUGACGCAGAAGAAAGGAGCGAAGACGGAGAGAAGGUCGGGCUACCGGCUUUGGAAGUAGCGCUCGCGUUCCCGCAGGCCACGCCCGCGUCCCUGUUCCCUCCCGCCGUGUCGGACUACUACCAGCUUGAUGAUUUACUCACUGAUGAAGAGAAGGCGCUUAGGAAGAAAGUCCGUGCUAUUACGGAAAAAGAAAUCGCACCCAUUAUGACCGAAUACUGGGAGAAAGCAGAAUUUCCAUUUCAUGCCAUUCCCAAACUAGCAACUCUUGGCUUAACCGGACUUACAAUGAAGGGAUAUGGGUGCCCAGGGCUCUCAAUUACAGCUAGUGCUAUAUCUAUAGCAGAAGUUUCAAGGGUCGAUGCAAGCUGCUCCGCAUUUAUUCUAGUCCACUCCUCUUUGGCAAUGUCCACAAUUGCCCUUUGUGGAUCAGAGGCUCAAAAGCAGAAGUAUUUACCACCAUUAGCUCAGUUAAAAACUGUUGGUUGCUGGGCUUUAACAGAGCCCGAUUACGGCAGUGAUGCAAGCUCCUUGAGAACUUCAGCAACCAAGGUACCUGGCGGUUGGCAUUUAGAUGGCCAAAAGCGCUGGAUAGGUAACAGCACCUUCGCAGAUGUGCUCAUAAUUUUAGCUAGGAAUGCAGACACAAAGCAACUAAAUGGAUUCAUUGUGAAGAAGGGAGCUCCUGGUUUGAGAGCCACAAAAAUUCAAAACAAAAUUGGACUCAGAAUGGUUCAGAAUGGCGAUGUUCUUCUGAACAAAGUAUUUGUCCCGGAAGAAGACAGAUUAACAGGCAUCAAUUCAUUUCAGGAUAUAAGCAAGGUCCUCGCGAUAUCGCGUGUUCUGGUGGCAUGGCAGCCAAUUGGCAUAUCGAUGGGCGUCUACGACAUGUGCCAUAGGUAUUUGCAAGAAAGGAAACAGUUUGGAGCUCUACUUGCUGCCUUUCAGCUCAACCAAGAAAAACUUGUUCGGAUGCUUGGUAACAUCCAGGCAAUGCUUCUUGUUGGCUGGCGCCUAUGCAAGCUCUAUGAGUCGGGUAAAAUGACACCAGGCCAUGCUAGUCUAGCGAAGGCAUGGAUAUCGAGCAAGUCAAGGGAGGUAGUUUCUCUAGGUCGAGAGCUAUUGGGCGGAAAUGGAAUCUUGGUUGAUUUUCUGGUAGCAAAGGCGUUCUGUGAUAUGGAACCAAUUUUCACGUAUGAGGGUACCUACGACAUCAACACCCUGGUUACUGGAAGAGAAAUCACCGGGAUUGCGAGCUUCAAAUCCGCUGUGUUGGCAAAAGCUCGACUUUGAAUUCUUCCUCCUCCCCUUUGUGUUUCUGGUGUGUAUGAGUAAUGCAACAUCUGCUCUUUGUACCUCUGCUUUAAACCCCUGUAGCAAAAUUCUUUCUACUUCUUCCAAAUACAGACCCCAGUCACCCCACCUUGUAUUCUGGUGGGUAUGAGUAAGAUAGGAAUAAAUGCAACAGAAAAGGAGUUGCAAGGUGAAUGAGGUCGGAGCUGGAUUUAUAUGUAGUACAUCACAUGAGUCACCUCUCAUGACCAGUGUUUGUGUUGAAUCGUACCAGCUUAUACAUAAUGGACCGAUACAAUUCAGGAGAAA